ACCCCCCUUCUGUUUCAUUUAAUCUUCGGGAAGAAAAUACCCGGCCCAUAAAUAUACAUGGCUGCAACCACUCUCCCUUACUUCCUCUCCUCUCAGCAACCCAAAAUCGCCCGGAAAACCGGUUUCCGGAAACGCUGUUUGCUCAUGGUCAAACAGCAGAAAACCCGAUUCUACAUCCUCGGCCGCUGCAUCUCUAUGCUCCUUUGCUGGCACGACCACAGUAUUCCCGACUGACUUUCGAUUCUCACCAAAGAAGCAGGCUGAUUGGUCCACGUGGAGUACCUCAACCGGAGGCGCUGGAACGGCAGCGUUUUUCGUCGUCGUUAAAAAUCAAUAAUCGGCAAUCGGCAAUCCGGUGCGUUUUGGCUAUCUCCAGAUCGUGAUUUGGAAGAGUUUUGCUACUACCGGGGGGCUAUGUACAUAGACUAUAGAAAUUAGCAAGGGGAUUUUGGGGUUGGAAAUG